GGCAGCGUCCGGGUUGAGCAAGAGCGAGGAUUAGUAAUGGCGGCGUCAGGGGAGCCCGGGAGGCUCUGGCAGGAGGAAGAGGCGGCAGCAGUGGUGGUGGUGGGUUCCUGCAUGACCGACCUGGUCAGUCUUACUUCUCGCUUGCCAAAAACUGGAGAAACUAUCCAUGGACACAAGUUUUUUAUUGGCUUUGGAGGAAAAGGUGCCAACCAGUGUGUCCAAGCUGCCCGACUGGGAGCAAAGGCAGCCAUGGUCUGCAAGGUUGGCAAUGAUUCUUUUGGCAAUAAUUACAUAGAAAACUUAAAACAAAAUCAUAUUUCUACAGAGUUUACAUACCAGACCAGAGAUGCAGCUACAGGAACAGCCUCCAUAAUUGUCAAUAAUGAAGGCCAGAACAUCAUCGUCAUAGUGGCUGGAGCAAAUCUGCUCUUGAAUACUGAAGACUUGAAGAAGGCAGCCCAUGUCAUUAGCCGAGCCAAAGUGAUGAUCUGCCAGCUAGAAAUAAGCCCGGCAGCUUCUCUGGAAGCCCUGACAAUGGCCCGCAGCAGUGGAGUGAAAACAUUGUUCAACCCAGCUCCGGCCAUUGCUGACCUGGACCCCCGGUUCUACACCCUCUCCACUGUGUUCUGCUGCAACGAGAGUGAGGCUGAGAUCCUAACAGGCCACGCAGUGAAUGACCCAACCACGGCUGGAACGGCUGCGCUGGUUCUCCUAGAACGGGGCUGCCAGGUUGUGGUCAUCACCCUAGGGGCUUCAGGAUGUGUGACACUGUCACAGGCAGAACCUGUUCCAAAGCACAUUCCCACAGAAGCAGUCAAGGCUGUGGACACCACGCCCCUGGCCAAAUCCUGGAAAAAGAAAUGGUGUGUCAUCAUGUUUCAGCCAUUUGCUGCUCUCUGGCCUCUGAAACCACAAGCAGACUGAGGAAUCCGGCCUUCAGUGUGGGCUCUGAAUAGCUCUACGGAGGGAGAGGCCCUGAACAGAAAAGAAAGUGGUAUCACUUGUUAGACGGAAUGUAUGAAGACGUCCAGGAGGAAUGUGGGGCUCCGUUCAGUGGCCCAGCUUUGGCCUUUGAAUCAUGCCGUGUGGCUCCAGAUGCCUAACAGAUGAAGCCUCGGGACUGACAUCACUCUCGCAUGAUCACCCGGGUCUGCUGUGCCGCCCAGCAAGUUUUUUACCUUGGGGAUUUUCAGCACUUGGGAAUUUUCCCAACCACAUUUAAUAUCUGUCAUUCCUUCCAACUCACCCAUUUUCUGUCAUCUGGAAUUUGACAAACUAGGACUCUUAUAAGCCUAUUUCAUUGCUGGUGCCCCCUCCUGUAAGAUGAGGUGUCCUUGGGACACCGUGUGCUCUCUUGCCCGACCUCAUAAGCCCAUCUUCCUGUCAGUGCUGGCUUCUAUCAGGGCAUUUCCGCAGAGGUGGGCACAGCACUAGGCCUCAGGAUCAAAGGUGACAAAAUUGCCCCCAUGUCCUCAGAGAGGAGGCACAGAGGACACAAGGGUAAGUGGUCUAGGUUGACAGGAUCAGAGAAGCUUUGAGCUGAGUGUCAGGCAGUCAGUGUGACUGACCACACGAUAUCUGAGUUGAGUCUUAGGAUUAAAGGAAGAAAGGAGCUAGUCUGUGCAAAGUCUAAGCUAAAGUGUCUCCAGGAACAAAGACUCAAAUGGUAAAGAGGAAGCAAUGAGAGGUAAAACUAGAAAAUAAGUUUAUGCCAGAUGUGAUGGCUACACUUUAACCCCAGCACUUGGGACACAGAAGCAGGCAGAUCUCUGAGUUAAAGACCAACCUGGUCUGUAUAAUGAGUUCCGGUGAGACUCUGUCUCAUAAAAAAUUUUUAAGUAUUUUAUGUGCUACGUUUAAGGAGUUAACGUAUUAUCCUCAGAAGGAGGAGGAACAUGGCGAGUGUUUUAGGCAUAGAGAUGAGACAACCAGAUGUGUGUGGAAAACAGACUGGAAGGGUCUGACCUGGAAGCAGGGAGAACAGUUAAGUCUCUGUAGACCUCUAGAGAGGGUGUGGACAUAACACAGGACCACAGGAAGGGAUGGAGAGAGACAAUGGCGAUUCUGGGUGCAGGGUUUAGGACGUGCAGUAUUCAACACAGCUUAAACUGUGUUAGUAAUUAAAACACCCAGGAAAUGGGAAUGAGAACCACAGGGAGCCAGGAUCAUAGACCCAAAGGAAACCAGUAUUGAAGGUGCAAGAGGAGACAGGACCUGUCAGGAAGACAAGCAGAGGAGGCUCAGGAACCACGAAAGACCCAGUCUCUUCCUUCUCCACACCACUGUCCUGCUCAGUGCUUAACUCUCUGCUCUUCUGGAACCUGGUCAUCUACAACUUCAGCAUCUGCAUUACCAUUUUUCCUCCAUCCUGGUGCAACUGUCAUGUGGCAUCAAACAUCGCCUUUGGAGCAUGAGAAUGAGCCAUUUCCAAGACCCUCAGCUCUGGUGACCCUUGACGUCUGUUCCAGUUCAACCUCUCACUCCCAUGACGACAGUACCUGCUUGAAAACCCCCAGUCCUGCUCUGGCCUUGGCCAGUUUUCUCUUCUUUUCUCCCCCAUUCUUAUCUUCCUCAGUUACCUGCAUUUUCUCCUGUCCUGUUGAGCCCCUCCUGAUUGUUCUUCCUCCCUCAGCCCAUAAGUCUCUGAUCAUCCUUCUCAGCUAUCAUUCCCUGAAAACAUGGAUUCCUCUGUAAGUCCCUUCUUCCUUCCCACCUGCCCAAUCUAGUUCAAACUCUCUGCUCUUGCCCCAAGCACUGGGGAAACGGUACCUGUUGUGAUUUGAAUCUGAUAUGUCCCCAGCUGGUGGCACUACUGUAGAAGGCUGGGGACCUGGAGGACAUACAGCCAGGCCAGCAGAAGUGAGUUGCUAUGUCAAGUCAACUCUGUGCUUUCUGGGCCACUAUGAUGAGGGGUAGCUGCCACAUGCUCCCACCAUGAAAUGCUUUUCCCUCCGGUACAGACCCUCACCCUGGCACUGGAAUCAUGAGACAAAAUAACCCUCUCCUCCUCUGAGCUGUUUCUGCCCAGUUCUUUGGUCACAGUGAUGCAAAAGUAGUCAACACAGUACCCCACGCAAGACGUCGAGAGAUUCAUGAUCUUCCCACAAGGCAGCCAAGGACGCCUCUCCAUCUGCACUUGCUAAAACCAUCCCCUGGAGGAGACAGAGCAAGGUCUGCACUUUCCCAUGAGACCUCAACUGCAACACUUGAGCCACUGUGGUGCAGAAUCACAUGCAGGUGUAAGUCACAGCCUAGCACAUUGAGGUCAUAAAGAGGUGGCAGUCGUGUGCAACAUGCUGUGUCACUGGAGUCCCACACAGACACCUCGCUGCAAACCACGACUGUGAGCGCUGCCUUUUCUUUAAAUGUCCAUGAGCUGUUUACAUGCCUUGAACCAAGAAUAAGUUUCCUCAGCUUUAACCUGAGGAUAGCACAGGGUUGCUGCUGACCUCCAUGACACUUGGUGAAAAUCACAAGCGCCUCUCUGCAUGGACUCACAGCUCUCUGUGACUCACCCCUAACAGGCACUCCGGUGCAAUGCAAGUUGCACAGUUUGAACUGUGCCUUCCUCCAGGGGGUCCUCGUGAACAUCCAAACAGUAACGUCCAGUAAGAGGAGGCCCAGAAGAGCCUGACUGAGCAGAACUUCGGGGGGGGAAACAGCUACUGCGGACAGCCGGCCUAAGAAUCAAGCGAGGAUGCCGCGCUGGGGCAACCUUCUACUACUUUUAAGCGUUUCUUCCUCAGCUCUCCUCUCUUGCCAGACAGCCCUAAGAGAGUGGGUCUGAACUGGCUCAGUUCAGUGAGGGCACAGAACUAUGAUCCUAGACCAUGGAAAGAGGUCCAUGAUCCUAGCCCCAGGAAGGCAAGGAACGGGAGGGAACAGAAAGUGAGGUGUUGGCCAGAGGAGAUGGUCUGAAACGAUGGAGGGAAACGAGAGCAAACUCCACAGAGCAACACUGCCUCAGGCCAGCAGCAGAGGCCUCCCCACAAUCCAGCUUGGCCCUGUCCUUUAAAAUUCUCCCCUCUCAGGUGCUGACCUUGAGGUCGUCUGAGCAGCUUUGCCAGCGCCCUCCCCAUACCACCAGCCCUCAAAACCCACACCACUGGCCUGUGUGCAUCUCUGCUGCAGUGACUGGUAACCACGAUGACCAAAAGCAUCUUAGGGAGGAAAGGGUUUUUGUUUGGCUUACAGGUUACAGCUGGGCAUCCGAGGAACUCGAUACAGGAAUCUAGAGGCAGGAGUUGAAGUAGAGGCAAUGACAGAAUGUUGCUUACUGGUUCUCUUUCCAUGGCUUGUUCAGGGUGGCAGUGCCCACAGUAGGCUCAGACCUCCCACUUCAGUCACUAAUGAAAAGAAAAAGACAGCCCCCCCCCCCGCAACCUCGUUAUGCAGCCCUGGACUUUCUUGCUGUCCUUCUCACCCUGACACAAGAGCUGCCUCCACACACACUGUGGGUCAGAAUGUCUCAGAACCCAGGACAUGGGGGCUCUUGGGAAAGCAGGGAGUGUGGAAUCCCACGUGCACUAUGGGUGAGCAGCUAGCUGGUCCUCAGGAGGGAAAUGUUCUGAGAAGGCAACAAGUACUAGCCACGUGGGUGACUGUCGGAAGGAGGGUAAGUUAGGCCAUCACCCCUUCUGGCAUAAAAAUAAUGUUCAUUAAAAGGUUAAAACUAUCAAGUUCUAUCAAUGAGAUAUAUUCCAUUAUACCAAGAAUGAUUGAUUGGAAAGUACUUUACUUACAGGAAAAUCACAGUGAUAGAAUACAGCCUCCACUUUUAAAGUACUUUCCAUUAAAAAAAAAAAAACCAAUGUAUAAAAAUAGUUAUACUAAAAAUGUGAAUCAACAGCCAAGUAAUUUAUUGGCACUUGAAAGCCUCCUGGUAUAAAUAGAGCCAACAAUGGGAAUAUCACAUAACUCUGAGCCGUGGCAACCUGACCUAACACAAAAGAAAGCCACGCAGUUCACCCAGGGCCAGCCAGCCCCCUUGGAAGAGAUUCUGCGCAGAGAACAUGACGGAGCUGGAACCAUUAGGUCAACAUCAGGUGGGGCAGGCAAGACACAGUGGGCACAGAUGUAGACUCCACCCGAGAGUUUACAAGUUGUCCUGACUGUAGGCCUCUGCCUAAAAUACACAGCAUGGUGUAUGCAGGGUCCUAAGGAAAGCACGGAGUUCCCCCAAUACUACAGAAAAUAGAGAUGCUUAAACUCUGGGAUGUUUCUUUCUACCCUCCCUGCCCACAGACAGGUAGAGGCAAUCUGACCUCUCUGCAGUGUUUAACCAGGGGGCGGGGUCUGCCUCAGGCAGUGUGUCCUUGGUUAAAAACCAGGUAAAGCAGCCAUGUCCUGCCAUGGUCCCAUAUCCAGCUGUGCUGCUAGCAUCUGGAGCCAUUAAGUGUCCCUCCCAGUCCCCUCAACUUUCAGGUGCCUGGCCUGGGUUGGAAGAAACUGCCACAGUGAGCUUGAGUAUCCACCGAUGCAGGCAGGAGCUUCUCUGGAUUCAUUCCACACUGACUCAGUGGAGAGCCACAAAUCUGUUUGUUUGUUUGUUUGUUUGGUUUGGUUUUUUUUUCACAAAUCAUUUUAAAAAAGAGAGAAAUCAUUCAGAAGCAAAUAUUGUCACAAUUGCAAAUUCACGAAAGAUGACUUGUAAAAUUCUUUAAGUCAUUUUUAUUUUAUAAAGAAAACUUGGAAAUUGCACCUCUGCCCUACUACUCUUCACUCACCUGUCAUUAACAUGUUGUCGCAUCUGGCUCAUUGCUGUUGCUUGUGCACAUGCAUACUGCAUGCCUGUGUGUGGUGGGGAGAGGUGUGGGGGCGGGGAGAAGAGGUCCUUCCAGAAAGUGUCCUGCUCUGUCUGUCACUGUCCACCUGGGACAGUGUCUUCCUGAAGGGGAGGCAGCAAGCCCAGUGGUCCUCCCGACUCUGCCGCUCACCCACGGCACUGCUGUCACAGGUACGCAGUCACUGCGAGCUUUCUAUCUGUGCUCUGGAACUCUGAGCUCAGGUCCUCGUGUCUGAAUAGCAAGUGCUUACAGCUGUUAUCUUUCUAGCCCGAAUAUGUUUAUUUUUAGGUAACAAUUUGAGAAUAAGUUGCUGGCCCUAUGAGUUACUGUAUAGUCGAGGAUGGUCUUGAACUUGUGAUUCUCCUGCCUCCAUUUCUAGGUGCUGGGAUUACAGGCCUGUGCCACCACAUCCAGCUUAGGCAGCGACAGGGAUCAAGCCCAGGGUUUCAUGCAUACUUCACAAGCACUGGACCAACUGAACACCAUUCUUAGCCUAAGAAAUUUGAUUUCUUAUUGUUCAUUGCUACUACACAGAAAUGCACUCAUUUUCAACUGACAAGAUGUCCUGUAAUCUUGUUAAAUCUGCUUUUUCUAGUAGGAACUUGUUUUCCUUAGGACUUAUACAUCAGUCAUUACACCAUCUUCACUAAACUUCCCUUCUUUCCAGUCUGCAUACCUGCUCGUUUUCCUGCCUUUCCACACUGGCUGUGAAAUGCAGAACAAAACUAACCAAAGGGACAGCAGACCACCCAGGCCAAGACCCAGACAGAGGGGGAAAACAUAGCUCUUCCUCAAGUGUGAGGCACAUAGAGAUCUGCUCAGAAAUGUCCCUUCAGGUGGCUAAGCCAUACUUUCUACACUCCUCCUGAUACAAAGUUUUUAAAAGCAUUUAUAUUGGUUUUAAAAGUAAGUGUCUUAUAGUGAUAUAUUCACUCCUUGGACAGCUUCUGCUUGGUCAUGGCACAUGUGUGUGUUUAUAUAUUUAUAUUCUACUGGCUUAAAAAUUAUUUUGCGGGGCUGGGGAUUUAGCUCAGUGGUAGAGCGCUUACCUAGGAAGCGCAAGGCCCUGGGUUCGGUCCCCAGCUCCGGAAAAAAAAGAACCAAAAAAAAAAAAAAAAUUAUUUUGCAUCCUAGUUGGCGUGGAUGUUGUUGUGUUUGAUUUCACUUCUCUCAGUCGUCUUAGCCUGCCUUUGGAAUCAUGGCAAUGCUGACCUUGUACAGCAACAGAGAAAUGUCCCCUUGGCUUUUUAAUGUGCUCAGUGUAUCUCGGUAGCUUUCUUUCUUGCUUAAAUCUUGCAAGAAUUCUGCAGUAAGAAUAUCUGGUGUUCUUGGUGGAAACCCCGACAGGAAGGGUACCUGUGCAGUCUCUGAGGGCACAGCACAUGGCAUGGGGAAGGAAGGGAAAUUAAGGUAGGAAAACCCUUUAGCCAAACGCUGCCACACACAGCUUUACCAGUGCUUCCCCAGCUUUGCAGCAGUGGAGACUGUGUCAGUAGGUGUUUGUAGCGACCAGUACCGCAUUCCUAUUCUUUCUUAAGGCUUACGUGUACGUCUUCAUGACGUAUAUUACCGAAACUCAACACAUGCAUAGAAUGUAAUAAUCAAAUUGACAUGGUAAACAUUUCCAUCUCGUCAGUCACUAAUCUUUUCAGGCACACUGCAGUUUUCUCACCCUAGUCAUUUUAAAUAUAUCAGAUAGGAGGGGCUUCGGUGUUAUUUGUUGUUUGGUUUUGAGAUACAAUCUCACUAGGUGGGCCUGGCUAGAAUGGAGCUCUUUGUAGACCAGGCUGUUCUUAAACUUGUAGUGAAUCUCCUGCCUCAGCCUCUGGAGUACUGGGAUUGCAGGUGUAAGAUACUGUGCCCAGCUUUCUACAUUGUCACAAUCAACCCUUCAGCUCACAGUACCUCUGGCCUUGGACCCUCUGUGUCAUGCUGCUGUACUGGGACACUUGAGAUGCCCGAGAAGAGUGUCUUUCCCGCCUUUGCAACCUUUAAAAAGAAUGAACUUAUCAGAACCCCUAGAGCUAGGAAAGGUAUGGGGGGUGGGGGGGAGGGUAAUAGUCUUUCCUGUGACUCGCUGGCAAGGCUCACAGUGCCCAUGUUGGUUGUGUAGACAAGGUGAAAUGACUCUCCUUGUCUCCUGAGCUCACUUUUGCCUUCCUCCUCCAAUCUUUGUUCUGUGAGGUCUGACUUAUUCUAUAAACUCCAGGGAGGAUUUCUUCAAAUCCUUUCUUUAAAUCCAUACUAAGCUUGGAUGAUGCUGCUUGCCUGUAUGCUGAGUGAACACUGCGGAGGCCGAGACAGGAGAAUCACAAGUCCAGGCCAGCCUAGACUAGGUAGCAAGAUCCAGAUCAGCUGGGGGCUGCAUAGUGAGACUAUCACUCAUCAAACCCCAAACCAUUUACAAACUCUGCCACACUGCUUAAGACUUAGUCCACAGGAGUUCUGCAAAAACCCUCUUUUAGACAGGUCUCACACUAUGUAGUCCUGACUGGCCUUCAAGUCGAUUGUAGUUCCUGCCUCUGCCUCCUCAUUAGGCCAGGGAUUAAAGUUCUUCACCUCUGUGCCUGACUUUGUCUCUUCUUAGUGGUCCUCACUAUGCUGACCUCAUAGCUCAUUGGAUGUCCCAGCGGCAACAGAAACAACUGCACAUCAGAGCUCUCUGAGUCAUCCACAACUGUGAAAAGUAGGCCUGAGGAACCAGUAUUGGUUGUGGAGGUGACACUGGGAAAUGUCCCUGAAAAUAGUUAACACCAGAAUUUCCAGAGUGAGAUUCUGCAAUCACUUGAACUCGCUUUAAACAUUAGUUACAUGAACAUGUGAUUAGGUGUCACCUUGGAGGCACUGAUGAUGAUGGUAGGGUGCUAAAUCAGUUCCUCUGUGACCUUCUCCAACACAGACCCUGGGAAAUAGGAAGAAAGUUGUUUCUCCCUGUAUUUGGUUUGAGAAGAGCAUCUGAAUGGCUCUCACUACUCUUUGCAUGCAUUUUUAAUGGAAACAUGACUAAUUUUAAGAAUAGAGAGGGCAUACACAAAAUGUGCCGCCGGGGGCAUCUUGUCCCAGAAAGCAAGCAAGCGAAAACAAUGAUAGAGCUAGUGUACGGGACACACACAGGAGGCAGCUGGGAAGAACCCAAUUGCUAGAGCUUCGAUGAAUGGGUAACAGAAUAAACUACUAGAUAAUAGCCCAAAUAAUGAGUUCAUGCUGAUACAAAUGAUUAAAUAAAGGGGGGAAGGGGCAAAUUUUGAAUGCAGAACUCCAAUUUAUGUCAAUGCUAUAUGCUCUGUGCUUGAGGAUCUAAAGCCUAAGUUCAGAACUCUACCCACUUAAGAACAGUGUCUGGCUAGGGAUUUAGCUCAGUUGAUAUUAAGUGCCUGCAUAUUAUGUAGAAAGCCAUAGGUUUGAUCCCUGGCACCACCACAUAAACCUGAUAUGGUGAUACAUGCCUGCAAUUCCAGCACCCAGGAGGUAGAGGUCAGAGGACUGGGAGUUCAGGGUCAUCCUUGGUUACUUAUAGAGCCUUUGAAGCCAGACUGAGCUACCUAAAACCCUGCUUGGUGGGAAGGGAUAAAGGAUUGGAUCCUUGAUGAUUGGCUUAUAGAGUAUAUGAAAAGAGGAAAAUGGCUUUAGAGAGUCUGGCAGAAACCACUGGACCACAUGCCAACGAAAGCCAACACACGCCCUUGCUUUGAUGUGACAAUUAAGAGACAAA